AUGACCGAGGACCUCAAGGGCUCCAGGGGAGAUCUGCGACUUCAGGUCCCCAGCAACCCUGGAAGCACCCGCAUCCAGCGCGUUCGGCAGAGCGUCGUCCAGUUCCGUGCCAACAAGAUCAGCUGGCUGGGCAGCCGGCUAGACGAGAACGAGACGCCCAAGUCAGCCACCGCCAGCGAUGACGACAAAUCGAGCAUCCGCCCAGAGAGUAGUGUGACAAUCACGUACGAGCAGCCCAGGUUCAGGAAGCGCGAGACUUCGUCCAUCCUUGAGCUAUUCUACGAUCUCUGGGUGGUCGCCACCCUCAAUGUCUUCACGUCGGCGCACGAGAUCACCACCCGGGACGAGCUGGCUUCGUUCCUGCAGUAUAUCUUCUUGCUGUGGACAACAUGGUUCCUGGUUGUGAUUUACGACGUCCGCUUCCUCGAGGACAGUGUCGUCGAGCGGCUCACCAGGGCGGUCCAGCUCGGUGUCCUCCUUGUCUUUGUACAGGCCGCACCCUUUUUCAACCCCUCCGAGCAGACUCGCGGUGUCUUUGCCUCACUUUCCCUCGUCCUCUCGUUUUCCAGGCUGGUUCUGGCGGGCCAAUACGGGAUUGUGCUCUGGCAGACUAGGUAUUUCUUACAGGGACGCACUGGACUCGUCGUGGUCCUCGCCACGCACAUCCUUGCCGCCAGCCUGUACGCUUUAGUGUCGGCGGCCUUCUUUGUCAACGAGAACAGUCCGGCUUACGUUGCCUGGAUGGUAGUGUCCACGCUUGAGAUUGUGGCGAAUCUCAUUGUCGCCAUGAUGUCUCGUGUGGUCAGCUUUGAGGGCAGUCACCUGCCCGAGAGGCUUAGCCAGCUUACGCUCGUCGUGCUGGGAGAGGGUGUCAUCAAUCUGGCCCGCGACCUGACGAGUAUCGAGCGUAACUCCCAGAACAGCUGGAUGUCAUGGAGCCCUCAGAUGUUGUUCAUUUUCAUGUCCGGCAUCGCCAUGGUGUACCUGAUUUUCCAGAUCUACUUCGACUGGAUGCAUCCCAACAGGAUGACCUCGUGGCCCCAGACUGCCUGGGCUCUACUCCAUCUGCCCUUUCAUUUCGCCCUGCUCCUGGUGAUGGAAGCCAUGAAUCAGUUUAUCAUCUGGUGGAGGUUACUGGAGCUGAUCAGGCAGUCUGCGGCCGACAUUUUCAACAUAAUCUCAGUCCUGCCGGAGGUCCCAACGAGUCAGCAGGUCGCAUCUAAGCUGAAUGAGACUGUCACGAGAUUCUAUGAGACAUACCCGGCGCAGGAGGAUGGAGCCUUGGCGACUGAUGGCAUCGCGGAAACGCUGCGGAAUGUGUCGGUCCUGCCCCAAGAGCUCUGGAACGAGCUUUCAAACAAGGGUGGCGGCGUGAAUGCGUCGUUCUCACCCAGCGAAGCACUGAGAGAGUCACUCCGCGAGUUCGAGGAUGACCUAGUGGAGCUCUUCUCAGCCACCAUAGACACAAUCUUCAGCAAUUUCGAGCUUGAGCCCCUCGAAAGGGAGCCAAGCGGGAUAACAGAUGCCUUGGGGGCUCAGAAAGAGGCGUUCGAGGUGACGACGCGCAUGUUCAACCUCGUCUUUGUCUAUGCAUUCCUAGCGGCCGGUACGCUGGUGAUCCUCCUGGUGCUCCUCCACGCAGCCUCCAAGAGGGAGGGGUGGACGCCGUUCAACAUACUCCGGUCUGUAUUUAUUGGCGUGCUCGGGCUGGCGCUCAUGUUUGUCACCCUGCUGUCCACCAACACGUCGAGCCUGCACAGCUUCUUCGACACGCCGUGGCCGCUGCCUAUGAUGACCUUGACAUUUGUGAUUGUGCUGUUUCUGACACACGCACCUCACCCGAGGUCUUUCCUGGGUUACGCCGCCCCGAUAGAGGAGGCCUCCGCCGAGGAUCCGGGGUAUGGCUGGCCUAGAUACUACAACGAUUCGAUCCGCCCGUCACGGGCGAGGGCCUUGCCGGGCCAGGGUGGUGUUUAG